AUGCCUCGCCACAACGACCCCACCUCCAAGCUCUUCUACAAGGGCAACUCCGACGACUUCAUCGUCUUCGUUGACGACGUCGACAUCCUGAACAAGUGGCGCGGUGAUCGCUCAAUUCCCCUCGCGGAUGUGCUUAACGGUUGGAAGAUCUUUGUGACUCACAAACACGGAGCCCAGGGUGUCCUCGAUGGCGCCAGCAAGGCCAGUCUCGAGAAUGAAUUCGGGACUUCGAAUGAAGAUGAUUGCAUAACUAAGAUCCUGGAGAAGGGAGAGUAUCAGGCGACUGUUGCCCGCGAACAACAAGGCGAUACCAACCUCCGGAACGGCCCCGCCUUCCGAUAA